GCGUAGUUCCCCCGUUUCCCGGAGUCACUUCGCUUUCGGGAUCCGAGAAGGGUGGAAGGUUGUUGUCGCGGCUGCGAAAUAACUUUUUGUCCAAAAACACCAUGGCCUCCAAAGAACUUUUCCUCUGGUGUGUGGUGUUGGUGUGUGUCUGCGGUCUCACAAAAGCCUUGAACAAACCUCCUACAGUGCAAGUGUAUUCCCGCCAUCCUAUAUCCGAAGGCAAGGAGAACAUUUUGCACUGCUUCGCGGAGGGCUUCCACCCUCCCAAGAUCAACGUUACCCUUCUGAGGAAUAACGAGAAAAUACCCGACGUCAAGUAUUCUGACCUCUCUUUCAAAGAAGACUGGACCUUCCAGCUUCUGGCCCACGCUCAGGUGGUUCCCAAUGGAAAGGACGAAUAUUCGUGCUUGGUGGAGCACCAGGCGCUCUCCGCGCCCGCAAAAGUGAAAUGGGAACAGGACAAGUAAUCCAGUAAUCUCCAGCAGAUAAGAUUUGAUGAAUGCUGGUUUAAACUACUAUUUCUGCUGAUGAUCUUUCUGACUUCAAAAGAUGUUUCUGCUUAUCACUAAUCGAAGAGCUCCAAUUUCAACUUUUUAAAGCAAAGGAUUAAAGAUAGACAUCACCUAUAAAUCAUCAUUCAAAGCAUCAUGAUUUUAUAAAAGGUUAUCACUUUCGCUUUAUUGCUAGGUUAAAUCUUUUAGGAGUUAAGAGUGUUAUAUUGUGGAGAUAAGAAAUGAAAAAUUGAAUAUUCUAAAAAUGAUUAUUAAUGUUUCCUUUUAUAAACUGCUACCUGUCUCAGUUGACAGUCUUACCUAGUUCUUUUUCUCAUCCUCUACUAAUGUACACAAAACCCUUAAUAAAAGUUGUUUAACAAUGUU